AUGAACAACAAACCAAGCUCAUCCACACCACCAUCAUCAAAGCCCACAUGGGUCCUGCCCUACAAGACCCAAAACCUCACUGACCUCUACACUUUGGGCAGGGUACUUGGCCAGGGUCAGUUUGGCACCACCUACCUCUGCACUGAAAGCUCCACGGGCCACCAAUAUGCCUGCAAAUCCAUCCCAAAGCGUAAGCUUCUUUGCAUAGAGGACUAUGAGGAUGUGUGGAGGGAGAUUCAGAUGAUGCACCACCUCUCUGAGCACCCCCAUGUGGUGAGGAUCAGAGGCACCUAUGAGGACUCAGUUUCUGUGCACUUGGUGAUGGAGCUGUGCAAAGGAGGAGAGCUUUUUGAUAGGAUUGUGAAGAAAGGUCAUUACAGUGAGAGAGAGGCUGCAAAGCUCUUGAAGACCAUUGUUGGGGUUGUGGAGGCUUGCCAUUCACUUGGGGUUAUGCAUAGAGAUCUAAAGCCUGAGAAUUUCUUGUUUGAUAGUGAGGAGGAAGAUGCUGCUCUUAAAGCCACAGACUUUGGCCUCUCUGUUUUCUACAAGCCAGGUGAGACCUUUUCUGAUGUUGUUGGUAGUCCUUAUUAUGUUGCCCCUGAGGUGCUGAGAAAGCAUUAUGGACCGGAAUCAGAUGUGUGGAGUGCUGGAGUGAUUUUGUACAUUUUGUUAAGCGGGGUCCCUCCAUUUUGGGCUGAAACUGAGAUUGGGAUUUUUAGGCAGAUUUUGCAAGCAAGAUUGGAUUUUGAAUCUGAACCAUGGCCUGGGAUUUCAGAAAGUGCUAAGGAUCUGCUUAGGAAAAUGCUUGAAAGAAACCCAAAGAAAAGGGUAACUGCCCAUGAGGUUCUUUGCCAUCCAUGGAUCAUAGAUGACACCAUGGCUCCGGAUAAGCCUCUUGAUUCUGCAGUGCUUUCUAGGCUGAAGCAGUUCUCAGCCAUGAACAAGCUCAAGAAGAUGGCUUUAAGGGUCAUAGCUGAGAGGCUGUCUGAGGAAGAGAUUGGUGGGUUGAAAGAGCUGUUCAAGAUGAUUGAUGCAGAUGACAGUGGAAGCAUCACAUUUGAUGAACUCAAAGAGGGCUUAAGGAAAGUGGGAUCUGAGCUUAUGGAGUCGGAGAUUAAGGAUCUUAUGGAGGCAGCUGACAUUGACAACAAUGGAACAAUUGACUAUGGUGAGUUUCUUGCAGCCACAGUGCACUUGAACAAGUUGGAGAGGGAAGAGAAUUUGUUAUUAGCCUUCUCCUUUUUUGACAAAGAUGGUAGUGGGUUCAUAACCAUUGAUGAGCUCAGGCAAGCCUGCAGGGAGUUUGGAUUAGGUGAGCUUCAUCUUGAGGACAUGAUUAAAGAAAUUGAUCAGGACAAUGAUGGGCAGAUAGAUUAUGGAGAGUUUGCUGCAAUGAUGAGGAAGGGUAAUGGAGGAGGCAUUGGAAGGAGAACUAUGAGAAGAACAAUGAAUUUGGGGGAUGCUUUGGGGCUAGGACUUGCUGACAAUGGGCUCCAACUAACUGAUUAG